AGCUGCGUGAUGCGCGAUGCAUUACUGUCCGCCACCACGCACGGUCACUUGUCUUCCUGUCUUUGUCUGUCUUCCUGACUGUGUGAUUACCCUCCCUUCUGUUACGGUGUAGGGAAUUAAAGGACCCAAAUGCAGGGAGAGGCAGGCAGGCAGGAGAAGGGACCACUGGCUACUCAGUUACUGCAGCGUCUGGAAUCAAGGAUCACUGACACGUUAAGUCAACCAUACUUUAAUUUGGACUAUUUCCAGUACGUUGUAAAUCAGGAAGCCUUUAUUCUGACAUCUGCAUCUACCAUUUUAAACAUCCCAGCUGAAAUUGUGGAGUGUCUUUUAUCCCUACAAAGAAUGAUCCACGCAGCUCUUUCCCAAGAGAGUCCCUGUGUUUUUAUUAGAGAAGGAGGACGUGGCCGACCAAAAUUUUGUUUUUCUGAGGAGCUGCUGUCCCGGCUCAUUGACAUGCCCUUACCAGUGCCUUGUAUCGCCAACCUGCUUGGUGUCAGCCAAAGUACAAUUUUCCGGCGUAUGCAUGAACUCGGGUUGUUCACAAGACUUACAUACAGCACUUUAUCUGACAGUGAACUGGAUGAUGCUGUCCUCUCCAUAAAAAACAGGAUCCCAAACGCAGGAUACAGAAUGGUUAAAGGUUGUCUGCAAGCUCCAGGAAUUUUGGAAAGAAUGACACAGCUGGGUUGCAUCGUCAGGAGGACAUACUUCGUACAGCGGCCUUUGUCAUUAGUGCAUAUCAUAAGGUACAACAUCAUCACAUUUGGAGCAAUAGAUGGUUACUCAAGAAAGGCAGUGGAAAACUUUGGCUGGCCUUCCAGGGUCAGGGGCGAUGAAGGCGUUGAAAAUGUUGCAAUUGCUGAAACCAUGUUCAGUGUUAAAGGCACCGGAAGAGGGAGCUUCAUCGCUGGGCGAAGCGUACACAAUCAAAGGAUUGAGCGCCUAUGGCGAGAUGUCUGGACCUGUGUCACUCAUCUGUACUAUGAAGUUCUUCACAGUCUAGAAGAAGAUGGCCUUUUGGAUUUGUCAGAUGCUGUCCAUCUGUUUUGUGCCCAUUAUGUGUUCCUUCCGCGUCUGGCAGAGGCUCUUCAUACCUUCACAGAAGGCUGGGACAACCAUCCCUUACGAUCUGAAGGCGGACUCACCCCUGACCAACUCUGGGUUAUGGGUCACAUGCAGAACCCUUGUGAUGCAGAUGAAGAUGUGCAGAACAUGGAGCUGUUUGGAACUGACUGGGAGAUGUUUGAAGGUGUGCCUGAAGAACUUUAUGGAGUUGAAGUCCCAGAAAUUGAGUGCCCGCUGACUCCAGCUAGUAUGGAAACUGUACAGUCCAUAAUUGAUCCCUGUGCAUCGUCAGACAUUUAUAUAUCAAUGGUUCAGUGCAUUGAAAGUCUAUGUGUGACACAAAGAAACAUCUAAGCUAUCAUCAGUCCUUGCAAACGAUUUAAUGGAAUGAAGUUGAACAUUUGCAAACAGACUGCCAGUUACAAAAGGUUUGCUGUGACAUUACUUCAUUUUAACAUGGGAGUAACAGUAAGGUAAAAAACUAACUCAUCAUCCAUUUUGGUUUUGAAGUUUACUAAAAGCAAAACAAUGGUUUUGUAACAAAGAAUAACCAUUAUUCACAGAAACAAGAAGUUGUCAA